AUGAGGGCAUUCAACAGUCUUGCUCUUGUUCUGGCCGUUCUCGGCCAGGCCAACGCCUGGAUCCUCGAUGGCUCCUGCACCACCAGCAAAUGGAACUACCACGAUCUCAUAGUCAACGGCAUGAAAGAAGCCUUCAACCAGGCCCAGCUGUCGCUGGACAUCAUCGACGCCAUUCGCGCGGGCACCGCCACCCAGGACCAGCUGGACCUGAUGAAACUCGUGUUCGGCGUAGCCAUGAAUGGCGACCAGCUGGACGAGAGCAGCCUGAAUACCGAGCACAUCAUCAACGUCUUCCAGCAGGUGCGGAGCUUUGACAAGACUGGCACCGGCGAUCCCACGCCCCGGCCCCAGGGUGCGCUGCCCGAUGACGACGUGAUUAUCUACUGCGACUACGCUCGGUACACCAUGGGGGAGAGGUGCAGCGGCCAAAAGGACCCAAAAGUGGCCUGCGACCACGAUCUGGGGAGGGACAUGGAUAUGAGACAGAUCGACCUUCGUUGCAAGUCAACCCUGAACACCGAUAAAACCGAGGCCUGGACAGUGGCACCGCGCCCCGGCAUCGUCUCCCAGAUCCAGGUGUGCAGAUGGUAUCUGCAAGCUAGCAACGGGUAUAAGAUCAGGUACUGGAGAGACAUCAGCGCCAAAGCCAUCCUCUCCCGGGCGAGCGACAAGAUCCAGGACCUGUUCGGUAUGCGAACCGCCAUGGACGCAGCGAGUCUGUUUGAUCACACGAUGCUGCACGAGAUGACCCAUGCGAUCAAAAACGUCCGGCGAACGAGGGAUGUCGGUUACGGAUGGAAGAACGUGGUCAAGUUUUCCCCCAACAAGGCCGAUGCCAACGCCGACAAUUACGCCUUCUUCGGCCUGGGCGCGCGAAUGCUCAGCCCGGCCAACGGAGAGGACGCAUCGCGUCCGAACCGCGAUGGCUCUAUCUCUGCGCUGCCCCCGCCGCCGCCGCAGCAGCAGCACAAGCGCGAUGAGGCGGACAUCACGGUGACCCUGGCCGGCGAGACGCUGUCCCUGAACGGCCAGAAUGCAACAGACUUCGUCGUCUCGCCCUCGCUGACGGUGCGGCCGGGUUCUGCCUACACGAUUGGCACCGACGUGGUCUCGCUGGCGAGCGAUGCGGUCGUCAUUGACUCGUCGACUGUCGACCUGGGCAGUCCUACGCCUAGUCCACGAUCCAGUCGUGCCUCGACUUUUAAGACUUCGGUUCGGAGCUCGACCCCUGCAAGCCAGACCCCGAAGUCGACGCCAGCAUCGUCUCCUUCAGGAUCGACUGUCAAGUCCUCUCCAGCAAGGUCCACCGUCAAGUCGUCUCCUGCAGCCUCCAAGUCGAGCUCUGCAGCCAGCCAUUCCACUCCAUCGCCGUCCAAAUCAGCCUCGAAGGCGUCCAGCAGGGUGUCAUCUUCCCAGGCGUCUCCCAAGGCGUCGUCUCCAGAGGCAUCGUCUCCGGCAGCUCACACUCCUACUACAACUCCAACUGCCGGCACCGACACAUCUACCAAGGCAUCGUCCAAAGCCUCGUCUACCGCGAUGUCAUCUCCCCAUGCAUCCUCCCUAAAGGGGUCUACCGCCAAUGGAUCGACU